CCGCCGCGGGCAGCGCCGCCGCACGUGACCGCGGCACGUGACCGGGCAACAACAAACCGGAGCACGUGACCAGGGGCGCUGCCGGUGUCACGUGGCGCUCGCGCCGCCUCACGCCCCCUCCCGCAGCCGGCCCCGGCAUGGCCCAGGAGCCUGAGGGGCGCGACCUGCCCCUUCCCUGCCCCGUGCCUUGCCUUCCCUUGCCCUGCCCUGCCGAGCGAUGGCCGCGCGCGGUUCUUCUGCCCUCCCCGCUCGGCGGCUCCCGGCGAAUGGCGGCUCCGCUGUUCGCUCCUCGCCAGCCGCGUGAGGAGCCCUCGGGGCUCGCUCUCCGUCAGGGUAUCGCGCAGAGUGUGCCCCUUCCCGGGAGCGAGCUCCCCGCUGCAGAGCGCUUUGCUGGGCUGCCCUGAGCCUGUUCCCGGCCGCAGAGCGGGGCCGGGGCUCGGAGCGGCCUCUGGGGUCACGGAGCUGCGGGUGCGGGUCCGCGGGCACGGCCCCUGCCUGCCUGCCAAGGGCUCCUGGCAGGGGUGCUGUGAGGCAUCGCCCCGCAUCCUCCGGGAUAACACACUGGCCCCACCUGGGACUCUGCAUCGUGCUGCUUGAGCUCGGCAUGCUGGAGAUUUUUUGGGGGGGUCAGCACCUGUCUAAGCCACUGCUGCUUUAGGAAUGGAGCCUGCGUGGUGCAGGAGAGACCUGAUGGUGAGCGGCGGGAGUUGGGAUUUGUUCGAAUGACGGCCCCAAGCUCGUUUAUGUUUCCCGUGUUCUGCAGGGUGUGCGCGGUUGCUGUCCCUGGUUUCCAGGGCUCUCCUGUUCUGUGGAGCAAUCCUUAGUACCCCACCUGGGCACUGCACUGCGAACGCGAGGUGCCACGCGUGGGCUUGCCAUGGUGUGGUUUCUUUCCUCCUGGGAGUUUGGACUGGAUAGAACUCGGACUUUAUUCCCGGGACUGCCACCAACCUAGAAUUUUGGUCUAAACUUGAUCUGAGGCUUUCCGUGAGGGAGUGACUCAGCGAUCCUAAAGCCUCCUCUGAUCCUGAAGACAUUUCUCCACAUUAGUGAUGGAGUUGCCUUCUUGUGGGAGCCUCCCUGCCGGCUGGAAGGAGCCCGCUGGGCCCGUGCCGAUGGAUGCGAUCCUGAACUGCAAGCCGGAGGACCUGGAGGAUUACUACAACUUGCUGGGAUGCGAUGAGCUGUCGACGGUUGAGCAGAUUCUUGCUGAAUAUAAGAUUAAAGCCCUUGAAUGUCAUCCUGACAAGCAUCCUGGAAACCCCAAAGCAGUGGAGGAUUUCCAGAGGCUGCAGCAGGCCAAGGAGACGCUGACCAACGCGGAGAGCCGGGCGCGUUACGAUCACUGGCGCCGCAGCAGAGUCGCCGUCCCGUUCCAGCAGUGGGCGGCGCUGGGCGGCUCCGUCAGAACGUCAAUGCACUGGGCUGUCCAAAGUAAGAAGGACCAAAUGCUGGAAGCUCCUGACUUUGGUAAUACCAACACCAGAACUAAUGAGAUGUGGACCCAACAGAUGGAAAACAGUGGAGAUGGAUUAUUGGAAGGGAGCAGGGAACAAGAAGAUGUUGCAAUCCCUGAUGUGAAACCACAGUCUUCAAAGAAUCCAGACUCCCCAAGAUUUUCAGAGGGCAAUUACUGGCACUUGCGUUUCCGCUGGUCAGGCGAUGCUCCAUCAGACCUUCUGAGGAAAUUCAGAAACUAUGAGAUCUAAAAUGAGAAACACACAGGAGCAUGAGAUCAUCUGUUCAGCAUUCAGUUUGGGUUUUUAACAGCAGUUACAAGUUAUUUGUAUUUUGUAUUCUCUGAUUGUAAUGUGUUGUUCUAGUCAAUAUCUAAAUACUGAUUUAUCACACCUACUGUGAGCGUUACAGAUGGAGGUUUUUCUGUUCAAUAAGCAAAGCCCUUUUCAGUAUUAAUAUAAAGGGAUGUUGUGAGGUUAUCUAACAUCUAGUAUAUUGUUUCUUGUAUUCUCAAAUAUUGUGUAGUGAUUAAUAUUUCUUUCAAUAGUGUGAUGUUAUAAAAAACAUACUCUCAGUAGAACCCUGGGCUCCAGGGUAUCCUACUCAGCGUGGAUCUUCCAAAAGCUUUAUGACAAAGAACUGUAAACAGAGCUGUGCUUAUCUCUUAACUCUGUGCUCUGCUUCACUUCUCCAUUGCAUUGUACUCACUGCAGUGAUUUAUUAUGUACUCAUUACAAACUUAACUUGUAGGAGAGUUGUGAUCUUAUGUUAUAGAUGAAAUAAGAAGCUUCUUGUUAUCCAAGGUCUCUGCGACAGAUCAAGCACUCCUAAAAAGCACUUAUCUUCUACCUUAACAAGAACACUUUUUGCACUAUCUGUUUGUUUUGGAAGGUAGUUUCAGAGCUUUACUUCUCCAGAUAGCAAUUUUUGGUUUAUGAUGUAUUGGUGGAAAACGCAUCCCCAUUGUCCCGUGGCUUCAUAGCAAUUCUCCUCCCUGCUCAGGUGUGCUAGACAUGGUUUUACCAGGGUUUUGUACAGUGAGGAAUGAAAAAUCAGACUAGUCAGCACUAAUGUGUACAAAAUCUCACAUGAAAAGUUUUUUGAUACUUUGGGCAACUUCAAAUUCUACAUUAUUAUUUAUUUAUUUUGUGUUUGUUUUCUUCUUUGCAAACUUGGCUAAUAUGUCAGGUAUUGACAUUGUGGUUUUGCGCAGGCAGAUAAUUCCAUCAGUAGCAAAUAAAAGUUUAUGCAUACAGAAAA